GUUGUUAUAAGUCGAAUUUCUCAUCAAAUCUUUUCACACGUGGUGAAUCAAAAGAGAACUACAGAAUAAGUACAUAGAGGAAAGACAAUUAACUAGCUACGGUUAUAAUUUUACGCGACCUCUAUCAGCACUUCAAGGUACAACUCACAUCGAGAACUACCCAUGACGAAAGACUAGCAUUAAGAUGGGGGACAUAUUGAAUCGAACGGGGAAGGAAGGGUCCGUUCUGUUGCGUGAGGAGACUAUCAAAUUGCACCGUGACGCGGCAGCCAAACAAAGGAAAGAUGUUAGGAUACUUGUACUUGAUGGUAACCACUUGCAAUUAACUCUCGAGCUCUUGUGAUACAAGAAUGCGUUGUGGUGCCUCUUGUUCCUACUGCGACAAUGGACAGUUCUCUCCCUGGACAGUUCUCUUGAUUAUCUAUGCAUUCUAAUGUCCACAAUCUGGAACUGCGAGUUCGAAAGGCAGGUGCCUUCAAGCGCCUAGAACCCGUGAGGCAUUUGCCAAUUAAGCAAGAAGACGUGAAUGACAACUCCUGGGACGUGACGCUCACCAGAAUCGGCAAAGUAGUCACGAGACAGGCGGAGACGAGAGGUACUUGUGAUUCGUCGUCCAGACUUCAGUUUACUCUUUGUGGUCUGGAAGGCGGAGUAAUUGAUUGCUAUUCAUCAGGUCUGACUUCUUUCCAAUCAACCGCAACCCACACAGCGACGCAAGUACCGCACCAAGACAAAUACAAAUACUGGAAUGGGAUGCCCAACAGUCUGAAUAUGAAGUCCUGGAUGGGUACUCGACAGAUGUCCACCCAAGAAACGCCGCUUUAUGGUACUUGUUAAAUUACCCUUUUCUCUUUUCUAUCUUCCUCUGGUCUUUCUUUUUUCUAGUUAGGUCGGCUCCACCACGACUAUUGUUGACAAUUUUUUUGUUGCUUGAAUGAUUCGCCUAUGUUAGACAUUCAUGAAGAUUGAGAUUCGUCUUUGCAUAUCACGUAUUGCUCUUUUUAAUACCUAUUUGACAUUAUUGAUGUUGACUCCCUGUCCUUCCAUACACAUACUUCUGGCUCCUCCACAGGUUCAACAUACAAGAUGGAGGUGGGAGGAGAGCCACCUUAUUUGGCGACCCAUGACGUUUCGAGCCCAAAAAGUUCGACUCAGGCACAAACCAAAUGAAUCGAUUUCUCACUGGAACAAAACCCGAUGUGGAUCUUCUAUCGAUGCAUCAUGGUUGAAAAUGAAAAUAUCACGGCCUUUCACCGGCAUCUACCAUUGUUGUACAUCAUAUGAUCAAGAUCUCCUUCGAGCACAUCCUUCUCUUAUCGGCCUACUUAUAAAGAACAAGCACGCAACAUGAGAAAAGAGUGUCAUAUCAAAGAAUAACCAGAAGAUUAAAAAGUUGUCCGCAUUCAUCCCUGAAUUCAUCAUGUUGUACACAUACAACCCACGGAAGAUUGGAAAAAGCAGUCGACGGUCUUCCCCAUUCCUCAAUUUCAUAGUGGUACAAAUGAAUUCUCUGACGGAGAUAUCACGC